UAUACAUCUUUCUUGCACUCAAAACCCCCCCUUUUUCAACAAGAUUUGAUCUGUAUCAAUAUCUAUAUCCAUAUCUCCAACACACAAUCUGCCAUCUUUUCUAUCAACCAUAUGAUGUAUUUCAAACUCUUUUGUUGAUCAAUCCUUUUGUUGGCUUGCUUCAAGAUUCUUGCUUUAUCUCACUUGGAUUGGAUCUGUCAUUUGCAGGAUUUGGACGCCAAUUCUACAUUUGGUUUAAAGAUGGACCAUCUUCCUGUUGAAGUCAUCGGUAACAUACUCUCUCAUCUUGGGGCUGCUCGUGAUGUUGUGAUUGCAUCUGCCACUUGCCGGAAAUGGCGAGAAGCUUGGCGGAUUCACCUCCAUACACUUACUUUCAAUUCAAAUGAUUGGCCCGUUUAUCAUGAGCUCACAACAAGCAGGCUUGAAAUCCUCAUAACUCAGACAAUAUUCCAAACCACGUGCCUCCAAUCCCUUUCCAUCAUCAUGGAUGAUGUUGAUGAGUUCUCAGCAGCACCCGUGAUUGCUUGGCUGAUGUACACACGAGACAGCUUGAAACAAUUACAUUAUAAUGUAAGAACGUCACCCACCAUCAAUAUUCUUGAAAAAUGUGGUCGCCAAAAGCUUGAAGUGUUAAAUUUAUCACAUAAUACCAUUAGUGGUGUCGAGCCAAGUUAUCAACGUUUCCCGUGUUUAAAAUCUCUUUCUUUAAGUCAUAUCAGCAUUUCCGCUCUGGAUUUAAGUUACCUACUGACUGUUUGCCCGAAAAUCGAGGUUUUGACACUUUUAAGCCUUGAUAUAGCCAUGUCAGAUGCACAGGCAUCAAUGGAAUUGAAUAGUCAUUCUCUAAAAGAUCUAUCUGUUGAGGCCGUUAGUUUGGAAAAAUUUAUCCUUGAGGCAGAUAGCCUAGAAAAGUUGCAACUUAAAGAUUGUACACUCGAGGUUUUCGAGCUUGUUGGUAAAGGGACGUUGAAGCUUUUAAAAAUUGAUGAUGUCAGCGUUAUUCAUCUUGAUAUAGGUGAAAAUACAGAAAAUCUUGAAGUUGUGGAUGUUAGUAAUUUUACAAUCAUGUGGACAAAAUUUCAUCAUAUGAUUUCAAAAGCAUCAAGGCUAAGAGGGCUACGGCUUUGGGGUGUUGUGUUUGAUGAUGAAGACGAGGUUGUUGAUAUGGAAACUAUAUCUGUCUGUUUUCCUCAAUUGACACAUUUGUCCUUGUGCUACGAUCUAAAAGAGGGAUCACUCCAAUACAGUUUGCAGCGGGCGUUUGAGUUGAAGAAUGUGAUUAUGUUAGAACUUGGGUGGACGGUUAUAACAGACUUGUAUUCACAGUGGGUGGCUGGGCUCUUGGAGAGGUGCCCUCGUCUUAGGAAGUUGAUUAUUAAUGGGGUUGUAUCAGAGGCUAAAAGCCAUGAAGAAUGCCAAGUUUUAGCUAAUUUCACGACGUCCAUCGUAAAUCUAAUGCGAAAGUAUAUGCACGUGGAUGUUCAGUUUGAAUAUGAAUAACAAAUUUUAUCAUGGAAGAUCUGUUCGUAUAUGGACUUGAUCACAGGUAAUGAUUUUGAACCACCAUUGUAUGCCAUUUUGUUUUUGAGUGUUCAGGUUCUCAGUGGUAAAUGUAUGCAAUUUUCCGUGUGAUUAGCUCAGGAUUUUGCAUUGAUGUAAUUUUGUGGUAGCAAAUAUAAUGCAUAAGUCUGAUUAUAUACUUAUAUAUUGUGUUGGCAUA